AUGGAGCUCCGGUUACUUUCCAAUUCGUGGCAGCGUGGCAUGUUGUCGCGGCGCUUAGGAUCUUCCCGAUUGAUGCAUCGCGAACCAGUUGACAAAGCCAGGACACACGUCGGCGGGGCCGGCUCGAUUUUGCAACACCGUGCCAAAUAUGUUCACUACAUCCCGCACCUCUUAUCCUGGAACCUUACUAGACUAGCGGCCCGCUGUAACGCCGUCUACAAUAAUCCCACCUUCCAACAAGUCAUAUUUUCUCCUUCCGCCAAUUUCGAUUUGGUCAUAAUUAACGGAAACUUGCACCAUUGUCUGAUCCCCAUCAUCUCCGUCCUCCUCCCGUCACCCCCGCCGUUCAUCGCUUUCACAACGACCCCCUUCACCGGAGACGAAAUCAGACUGACCGGGUUGCGACAACCGGCUUCGUUCGUUCCCUCGUCCAUCUUACCAUUCACGCAGGAUAUGACCUUUGGCCAGAGAUUGUUCAAUUUUAUCAAUAGGCUUAUAUUCACCUUCGUAUUUACGGGGUUCAUCGAACAUGGCGCAGAGUCUACGAGUGCCCCGCAUUUGCUCAAUCGGACCGCGGGAGGAGGUAAACUUGUUCCAAUUUCCAGUAUUCUGGCAGAUGUUGCCAUGGCGUUUAGUAAUUCGCAUCCCGCCCUGACAAGUCCACGGCCCUUAACACCAGAUAUUGUAGAGGUGGGGUGUCUCCACUGUCGGGAAGGGGUCUCAGUGCACCCCGAGGAAUUGAAUGAUUGGAUCGAAGAAUCUCCUGAAGGGGUAGUUCUAUUCAGUAUGGGGUCAAUGUUUAGCGUCCCGCCACAACUUGUGAAAUUACUGAUGGAAACUUUCGAAAGGCUGAAUCCGAUUAGAGUUUUAGUCGUUGGAAUAGCGGGUAUUAAAGUACCGAAAAAUGUAAAAGUGGUCAAAUGGAUUUCCCAACAGGACGUCUUAGCUCAUAAAAAGUUGCGACUGUUCGUGUCACAUGGAGGAAUGCAUUCAUAUUUUGAAACAGCAUUUCACGCCGUUCCUGUCGUAUUUUUACCAAUAUAUGCGGAUCAAGCCUUGGCAGCAGCGCAUGUGCAAAUGAUUGGGAACGGAAAGGCGGUAGAAAUUUUGGAUGUGACAGCGGCUAGUUUAGAAGGUGUGAUUAGGGAGGUGCUUAAUAACCCGAGAUACAAAGCCAAAGCGCACGAAUUGUCCGUUAUAUUCAAAGAUCAGCCAGAAACUCCGCUGAAAAGAGCGGUGUUUUGGACCGAGUAUGUGAUCCGGUAUAAGGGUGCUAACCAUUUAAGAUCCGCAGCAAGAAAUCUGAGCUACUUGCAGUACCAUGAUAUUGAUUUGGUCGUAUUUAUAUUUACGAUUUUCAUGUUCUUAGCUUGGAUACUUGUUAAGUGUAAGGAGAAAUGGUUGGUGGGUUAUUGUUGGAUUGGUGUACUUAUCAUGCUACUUGUUUCGCGGCUGAUGGGGUAUAAUUUUAUAAAUUUAUCCAUUAAUUAGAUGUGCAUGCAUGCACAUUUAUUUGUGCCCUUCGAUUUUUCUUUGAGUCUGAAUUUUUUAGAUGAAGGUUCAGACUUUUUUAAGAAUACAGAACUCUAAUGUUCGACUCCUUUGUUGUCAGGCUUUCCAAAAUGUAAUAUUAAUGUUGUAUGAUUGAAUUUGUAACGAUGAUGAGAAAGAUAUGUACGUAUGUACAAAUAAAUGUAAUAUUCUUUCCGAUGGGAAGACGAAGAUACGUAUUAUUCAAAAA